UAAGGUUUCCUCGGCUGCGCAUGUAGUUUCAUGUUUGACGGGUUGGUGAUUUUUUUGGUGUCUGCUGCCAGGUCCCUGUGUAAUGGUCUGGUGAAUGCCACAUUGCAGUGUUAGGGACAUAUAAUGAUGUGUGCAGUGUGUUUUUGACGUGACUGUUGUGAUGGAUACAAGGUCUCCUGGACACUGCCCUGCUUGGCCAUGAUCUACAAUCAGGAGGGACUACACUGGACUGCACUAGACCACGUGCUUCAGGGGGGUCUGCGGGGAGCACCGUGGCCCCCGCUGUCCAACAAUGGCGUUCCGCCUUCUUUCUUGACGCAUCAAGUUAUCUCGACAAUCAGCCAGCAUAGCUUCCCAUGUGAGUGUUCCAAGUGGGAUUUGUGCCGCUCAUUUUGCGAUACCCCGACACCCCUGUUAUGUUGGCAGAAACGUAAGAAAAAGCGUCCCCAACGCCAACACCGCAGCACCAGUGUGACCCAGCGGUGGGUAUGAAAGCGUUCUUCGACAUGAUGCACAAGACGCCCAAGAAGCUGGUACUGUUCGGCGCUGCUUGCAACGCUGUCACCGACCCCAUCGCCAAGGCGUCGCAGUUCUUCCAACUCGUUCAGCUGACUUACGCUGAUACUCACCCGAUGUACACCCUGGAGAACUAUCCAAACUUCUUUCGGGUGGUUCCGUCCGAGUCUGUCUUCAAUCCUGGACGCUUGGCGCUGCUCAAGUACUUCAACUGGAAACGCGUGGGCACACUCUAUCAGACCAGCCCUAGAUACUCUCUCCCUCACACUGCACUGCUGACAAUGCUAGAAUCUGCAAACAUCACAAUCCUGAAGUUCCAAGGAAUUGGCGAGGGAGGCGACAUCAAGGAGGAGUUAGACAAGCUUCAGGCCAAGGACGUUCGAAUUAUACUAGGGUACUUCGACGAGUACUGGGCGCGAAGAGUAUUCUGUCAGGCUUACAAGAUGGGCAUGUAUGGACGCAAAUACCAGUGGAUCAUCGUUGCUAUGUAUCAAGAACGCUGGUGGGAGGUCCCUCAACCAGACGUCACUUGUGACCCUGCGCAAAUCACGGAAGCCGUCGAGGGUUAUAUCGGCAUGGAUCUGCUUCCGCUCUCCACAAACGAAAACAUCACCGUCUCAGGCCUGACGCCCAUGGAGUACGAGGCCGAGUACAACAUGCUUCGGACGACAGAGUACAGCCGUUUCCAUGGCUACGCGUACGAUGGUAUCUGGGCGCUGGCGCUCACCAUCCACGCCGUCAUCGUUCGUCUUCGGGCCAAUGACACACGCAUCGCCGAAUUUCGAUACCGAAACCACACGUGGGGAAGACUCUUUAAGGAAGCCCUCAACGACACAAACUUUGUCGGCGUUACUGGUCCUGUUCGCUUUUUCCGCAACGAACGCAAAGGACAAGUUCUUCUAAAACAAUUUCAGCAUGGGCAAGAAGUAAAGAUAGGAGAAUACGACAGCCUAACGGAUAAUCUCGACCUGGGCAAGGGACAGCCUAUCAUCUGGCGGGGUGGGUCUGACCCUCCCAUGGACCAGACACACAUCGUAAUUCAGGGGACGCGGGUCAACCUCACCAUCUACGCGUCGCUCUGCGUCUUCUGCAUCUUGGGGAUCAUCUUAGCCACAGUCUUUCUCGUCAUCAACAUUAAGUUCAGAAACCAGAGGUACAUCAAGAUGUCGAGCCCUUACCUGAACAAUCUCAUCAUCGUGGGCUGCAUCCUCACUUACACUAGCGUCAUACUGCUGGGCAUGGACUCUGGGUUCACGUCUGUCGCAAACUUUCCUUACAUCUGCGCGGCGCGAGCAUGGGUGCUCAUGUCUGGAUUCACCCUAGCCUUUGGAGCCAUGUUCAGCAAGACGUGGCGAGUGCAUGCCAUUUUUACCAACAUUAAGCUCAACAAAAAGGUUAUAAAGGACUACAAGCUGUUCAUGGUGGUGGGGGUGUUCCUGAUGCUGGAUGUCAUUAUUUUGACAACAUGGCAGAUUGUGGACCCCUUUUACAGGAAAGCACAGCGUGGACAACCAGUGGCGUCGCAUGGUAAUGAGGAUGUGGCAGUGAUUCACGAAAUGGAAUUCUGCCAGAGCCACAGGAUGACAAUCUUUCUGGGAUCCAUCUACGCUUACAAGGGUCUUCUCAUGGCGUUCGGCUGCUUCCUGGCAUGGGAGACGCGGCACGUUAGCAUUCCUGCGCUGAACGACUCCAAGUACGUGGGCAUGAGCGUGUACAACGUGGUCAUCAUGUGCACCAUUGGAGCUGCCAUCUCGUUCGUGCUUCGCGACCAGCAGGAUGCGGCCUUCAUCAUCAUUUCAGUGUUCAUCAUCUUCUGUUCAACCACAACCCUCUGCCUGGUGUUCGUACCCAAGGUGAGACUGCUCGUGGAGCUUCGGCGGAACCCUCAGGCCGGCGAGCACCGCGUUCGGGCCACCCUGAAGCCGUUAAAGAAGUCGAGACGCGAUUCCGAUGACGAGAGCCUCUUCACCAGGAUCAAGAUGCUGCAGGACGAGAACAUGAGGUACCGCCAGCGCUUAGAAGAGAAAAAUAUUGAAUUGCAGUCAUUACUUUUAAAGUUGAAAGAUGUAGAGCCAGUCAUAGUUGUCACUCACGACGCCAUUACAACGAUUCCUGAAGUUAGCUCGCCUUCUCAGCAGGAGACCUCAGAAAAAGAAAAUAGUAAAGAAGACACUACAUCGAUAAUGUCACUCAGGUCUGCAACAGAAGAGGACAAUCUGUUUGAAAAAUCGGUAAAAAGGAAGCUUUCGACAGCGUCGCUUCAGGGCAGCCUUGCAGCACCUGCUCCUGGAAGCGCGACGUUGGGGGGUACCGGAGCUACAUCAGCUUCGACGACAAGACAACGACGCAGCGGCAGUAUGCAGCUGCGUCCCAUGGCGCUGGCCCGCCUCUCUUCCCCGCCCUCUGACCGCCACCCUGCUACGGUGACCACGACAGCGACCGUCCUGGUCUCCGGACGUUCUCCGGGCUCCCCUCUGUCCCCCCUGUAUCCCGGAGUGGGGGAUGAGGAGCAGGGCAGGGGAAGUCUUCUAGAAGGGGGUGCCGUCGGAGGAAUGGCCCCCUACGCGCGAGCCAUCCGCAGGACGCUGGUCAACGGGCUGUCCUCGUCGGUCUAUCAAGAACAGGCUGACUCACGUCGUACAAGUUGCCACAUGGCCACUGAUGAGGAACUGUCUCCUCUGCUAUCCCCUUGCGAAGUGAACGAAGACUAUCCGGACGACCCGGAGAGCGAUUCCCUCCGCGGCGACCUACGCAGCGCUGGCGUCCGGAGACGAGCCAAGAGUCUUGGGGCCUUGCGUGGUCCCGCGGACGACCGGUCGUCGUCCGAAGAGGGCCGACAGCAGACGGCUGCCGUCGCCAUCAUUGAGCGGGGCGACGUCCCAGAGACGUCGGCACUCCCGCUGCCCUUUCUGCCCUUGUUCAGCCGCUUAGUGCAAGACCGGACUGCCCUAUACUCGAGCUAUCCAUCCAUAAAGUGUGAUAUCGUCGAGUAUUUAUGAGGAUGGCUGCAACGCCGCGCCGCACAAGAACGUGACGUCACUCGCGUCCUGGCCAUGUGAGAGGGAGAAGGAAAGAGCAGCCAGUUGCAUUCUCUCAGUGGGGCUUCAUGAACAUUCAUUCCGUUAGUAGUAUGGGGUAAAGGCGGGUUGGAGCAUCGCUGGGUGUUACGUACAGAGUUACAAGUAAAAAUAGGCGAAUUUUUUGUUUCUCAAUCUAAUCGAAUAUUGAGAAUUUUGUUUCCGCUUCUCGAGCUCAUUUCUUACCUCCUUCCGUAGGUUAAUAGAAAGGGUGCAAAAGGGGGUCUCCAUUUUACUGGACAAUAGUUAAAACUGCAGCGCACUCUGCGAGUACUAUCCACUUCACAACACUACAAGAAUGUGAUUAAAUGGGACAAGUCCUGUUAUUCACUACAUUCAGUUUGCUGGUUCCAAAGAAUGCAUCAAAUUUUAGUUUAAACUUUCAAUUAUUCAUAAAGUUCUGCUUUAUGCAAAAGGCAAUACCCCCUGAUCUGGUGUUCUCCAGCACAUGCAAACAAAUUCGAUAUCACAUCGCUAAGUACGCAAGGUUUAUACUGAUAUAAGCAAUCCCGACGUAUGUGCUGCUCUGCCUGCAUCACAGAGGCACAGAAAAUAGAUAUGUAGCAUAAGUAAUUUUGAUAUUUUGAAGGGAAAGAUAGAGCAAUACUUAUCAACCUGAUCAGCCUGUAUCGCUCUUAGUUUUCCAUAUUAAAUUCGAUCGUUUUUAUUAAUUUAGCGUGCAAUCUGACAUGUUCCUGCAUGGAAUACGCGUCAGGUAGAUUGAUAAUUCAGGUUAAAUCUGGUCGCUGACACAAAGCAAUAACAAAUACUGGUAGAUGCUACGAAUUGGUAAUUUUAGUGACACUUUUAUUGUUUGUGUGUUUUAUGUGGCACGACGUGCUUUACAUGAACGUAAGGGCACUACAUACUACUUACAUAAGUAUUAUAUAAACAAGAGCUAAAUGAGAUAGAAACUAGUGAAGCGAAAGUAUGCACGAAAAUUCGAUUUCUCGCAUGUUACUUUCUUGGAAGCCGCUCAAGUUGUUACUUAACCGCGAGAGAAGAAUCAGCUGGCAACCUUGUACAUCCCUCCCAAACAUGGCCGCCACCUUGGAGGUGGCAUCACGCUGAGAUCAAAAGAACUUUUGGUAAUGACGCCACUACUUGCGUGUGUGUUAUCUCCAAAGUAAACUACCAAAUAGUACCAAAGUGUGUGUGGACUAAAACCUAACAAAAGAAAAACGUUCGACACAGUGGGCAAGAAAGCUACAAAGACAGCAAGCAACAUUGUGCACUUUUUCACUUCCCCCCGAAGACUGACUUUACGUUAUCCGGCAGCAGCAGCAGGAAGUGCAGUGGUGUUAAGCCCGUGGUUGGAAAAAGUGUUGGUGAUAGUGACCUACGGGUUGCGAGCAAAGCCUCUGACUGGCAUGUGUGUUUCGUGUGUAUGUGACACGUCUUUCAUUGUUGCCUUCUGUUGUUUGUUACAUAGGAGUCAACAUUCCAUUUAUUGCGCCCGUGCAUAAUUCCGUUUAUAUGUUUGUCCUUUAAUGUUAACUUACAUGAAUUUUGCCUAUAAUUCCAGUGAGUUCUACAGUUCCACGUGCUGACCUUUAUAUGUGGACAGCACACAGCCAGCAGAACAUUAGAGGUGAGCACGUAUAUGGAGCAUGG